GCCUUGACUCAGUCCACACUCCUCAUUCAGAAGGACAUACACAUACCAGGGGCCUCCUUUGACUCCUCUGAGGCCCAGGGAUAAUAUUUAUUUCCCUUCUGACAGGGCAAACCCGCCCACCUGUCGCCUCAUAACUCUAUAUAAGACAUCAAAGGGCCUGAUGAUAAGGCAGUGGACUCAAGACAAGCCCGGCCAUGCAGUGUAAAGUCCUCCUCUACGCUGUCCUCUUGACUCUCGUAAAGGGUGCAUCUCCAAGUGAAAUACAGUCCAGCCCCAACGCAAGCGCAACCCUCCCCUGCCUGGUGGCGACCCCCCUUUCGGCGGAGGGGGGGCGAAUAGACGAGUCUCUCAUCGCGGCCAGCUGGACCAGCAACGGCUCUGCCGUCGCCGCGUUUGGCGAGGCGGCCCCGUGGAUCAAGGACGGCUUCCAAUGGGAUGCCAGCAACUUCACCAUGGGGACUUUUCGCUGACCCUCCUCCGAGCCCAGCCUCGACCUGCAGGGGGUGUACGAAUGCACCGUCUCCUACAACUCCACCACGCUGCUCUACAGUAAUGUUUCAUUCACUGUCCUUGCGUCGCCCUCUCUCUCAGCCCCUCAGCAGUGGCUGGUGUUGGACACAGAGAGUCGCCUCCUGUGCCGUGCAGACGGUUUCUACCCUCCUCCCGUCUCCUUCUCCUGGACCAAGGAUGAGCAAGUGCUUCAGCCUCCCUAUGAGGUUGAAGGGGAACCGGCUGCAGAUGGCUACUACACGGCUGUGGGCGACCUGACCUUCGUCCCUUCUCGCGAGGACCAGAAUGUGACAUUCGGCUGCAGAGUGUCACACGGUGGCAGCUAUCAGGAGCUGGACCUUCAGCUCAAUAUCACACACCGCCCUUCUGUCACGCUGUCUGCCGUGCCCUCGCAUUCCAACAAGACUCCUCUCGUGUUUUCGUGUCACAUCGAGCGGUUCUACCCCGAGGACGUGUCCGUUUCCUGGUUUCACAAUGGCACCAUGCUCCCCGACCCCCCCGCAUCCCAGCGGAACCCGGACGGGACCCUCACAACGAGCCGCUAUCACGUCCUGGACCCCGAGCUGAGGGAGCGGGGUGGGGAGGUGGAGUGUGCGGUGAGCCAGCCUGGCCUCCUGCAACCGGUCAGCGCCUCCGUAAACCUGCAGAAACUGGGCCGCAAAGAUGUGGCUCCAGUGUUGACUAAGUCAGCCAAGGCAUCAGUGGCCAUGAUGUGCAUCUCCUUGGUGUUGGUCUUCCUGCUGUGCUUCGGCUUCUCCUGGAGGAGGAGAGAUGAAAAGCAGAAGUCCCUCAGUGUGUCGGGAAUCAUUCUGCCUCCACGGGUGGUUGUGGGUCAGAAGGGCAGGGUGUCGGUGACUAUUGAAGGCAGGAGGGUGGACCGGGUCCUGACAUCAUGGUUUCUCAAUGACACCCCUAUCUCUGACGUCUCACUGAAAGGAUCAGAAGCGAGUCCUCUCCUGCCCUAGGGUCAGACGUGUUACUACAAGCUGCACACCCAAGGGCCGCUGCACUCCGGAUGUGGAGUCCAGCAGCUGAUCUCUGCCGUCACCUUCGUCCCUAAUAUUUCCGUCCACAAAGGGGCGGUGUUUAAAUGUCAGGUGUCCUACGCAGGCAAAGACAAGGUUGUGGUGGAGAGAGUCUCUCAGAGGUUUACUGUUCUGUGUGAGGGCUGUUUUCACUGGCUUUACUUUAUAUUGUUGUAUGUGAUCAGCCUGACGAUACAGGCGUCGCACUUCCACCCAGACGUCAUCACCUUCCGCUGGUUCUGUGAAGGAGGCGAGCUGAGCCCGGUGGCCUCCCAGGCCUCGUCCUCCCCUCGACCCGACUCCGACGGCUUCUUCUCGGCCUACAGCCAGUGCAAGCUGCCACGGAGCGAGCUGGAAAACCGAGAAACUAAAGUGUGGGUCAGUGUCCACCACAUCGCCCUGAAGCAGCCGAUUACCAGGGAGACCAAAGGCUUCAUCAAGAAGCCGUUUGUCUCCGACAUCAUCAGCUCCAUCUCUCCGGAUCGAGUGUUGACCCUGGGAUGCGAGGGUGACAGAUUUAACCCUCCAAACAUAACCGUGACUUGGCUGAAGCUCAGGGAGGGAGAGCGCGACGACGGCGAGGACGAGGUGAUGGAGGGAGGAGAGCUGUGGGGCCCGAUACAGACUCAUGCUACGCUGUACAGGGCCACAGCUGUUCUGAAGAGGACAGUAACAAACCAGCAGAGGAAGGAGAGAGGAGGAGGGAUCAUUUGUAGGGUAGAGCACUGUUCCCUAGAGGAUCCAGUUGAGAGACAUUGGAGGAAUGUUGAUGUUGGAACGGAUUCUGCUGUGACAGACCCUCACACUGACGGAAUCCACUACAUCGAUGACAAAGUGGAUGAGGAGAAUAACGAGAUUAACAGGGAUGAGACAAAGUCAGGCCUCAGCGAUGACAGCGACAGAGAGCGAGAGGCCGACCCGAGCGCGCUGCACAUCAACAGAGUGACCCUGGCGAAGGAUCCCACAGACCAAGUGCGAGCAUAUUUACGGGUUUGCGUGGAGAUCACACACCCAGCGCUCAAGCUUCCUGUGUAUCGAGCCUGGACAGAGCCCAGUAGGGAAAUCUCAUCUUCUGCCUAAUGAUCCUAAUGUCAGCACCUCUAUAUUAAACAUAUGCAGUGUAAUAUACAUGGACCUAAUAUGUAACUCAGAUGUCAAGUCUUACUACAUGUUGUUUGUUGCUCCAGCCUUUUUUUCUAUUUAUCUGUAUUUAUUGUUUAAUAACAUUAAUUGAACAUUCAGUGCAUUUUUCCCAAAUGUUAAUAAUUUUGUACAGUUUUGUUUGUGUUUUAGGAAACUCUUCAUAUGUUCAUACAUAUUUCUGAUAUUCUGCUUCAUAUUUUAAUGCCAAAUGUUUGGCACAAUGUUUUGUGACUUUCAUAAAAGCCAUUAAAACCUAUAAUCCACAAGCAAA